AUGACCCGAAACUUUGGUGCCAUAACUUGUGAGAGCUGUAAGGCUUUCUUUCGUAGAAAUGGACUUAAAACUGAGCAAUUUAUUUGUCCAUCAAAUGGCAAAUGCGAUAUCAAUGUAAUGACAAGACGGAUGUGUCGUAAAUGUAGGCUUGAAAAGUGUUUGGCUUUCGGCAUGAAAACGAAUAAACGGCAAGAAUUGCCAGUAAUUCCUGUAUUUAAGACAAUCAGUGAUUAUAAUGGUAUCAAUCAAUUGGAGUCCAAACGCAUAGCAGAACUACUGAUGGCUUACAAGGAAUUUAAACAUCCGUUGAAUAACAAUACAAAUAUACUUAAGAUUAAGAAUUGGGAAGAAUUAAUUCUCAACGGAUUUAACAACAUCUGUGCCGACGAUAAGUAUGUGCUCAUGAAAUACGGGGCCAGAGAUCUGGUGCUAAUCCGAUCGCUUAGACAUUAUAAUAGAGAGACGGAAAGUUUUAUUACACCAAUUGACCAUGAUCAUUCACUACAAAUUGGUUUAGCCCUCUAUGAGAAAUCAAUUACGUUAAGUCAACUGUCGUUAGUAGGAUAA